GGACAACACGCGGCUACGUCACCGAACGUGACCGGAAGUCGUUUACAGUCAUCUGAGCAACAACAACGUCGGCAGCUCGGACGGUCAAAGAUGGCCUACCCUAAAUCCCACAACCCGUUUGCAGAUGAUGACGAUGAUGAAGACUUUAAGCCUAAAAGUAGGGGUUUCGAUGACGACCCCAGUGACAGUGGGAUGAGUGAAGCUGAGAGGAGGCAACGGUAUCUACAGCAGGAAGUGAUGCGUACAGCUCAGUCUGCUGUGGACAGCAGUUACCGCUCCCUCAGCCUCAUAUAUGAAUCAGAGAAGAUGGGUGUGGAAACUGCAGAGGAGCUGAUGCGACAGAGUGAGGUUCUGAAGAGGACAGACAAGAUGUUGGACAACAUGGAUCAGGACCUGAAGACCAGCCAGAGGCACAUUAACAGUAUAAGGAGUGUGUGGGGCGGCCUUGUUAAUUACUUCAAGGGCAAGCCAGAGACGAAGCCUCCACCCGAGCAGCCUAAGGCCUACCAGACCAAUGAAAGAUUACAGAAUGCCUUGUCCAGCAGCAGAGAAAAUGAACACAAGUAUCAAGCCAGCCACCCCAACCUAAGAAAGAUGGAUACAGGAGGAUUUGGAGCUGCUGCAUCAGUAGAUGACAGCUCAUCUAAACAGAACGGAUACCCUCAGAAUAGACACCUUAGGGAGGCUCACCAGACCCUUGACAAAAAUUUAGAUGAGAUGUGUGAUGGCUUGAGCAGACUAAAGAACCUGGGACUUGGUCUACAGUCUGAGAUUGAGGACCAGGACGACUCCAUUGGUUCGCUGCUGAAUAAAGUGGACAAGAUGGAUGUCAAGAUCCACAACACAAACCAACAGAUUAAAAACCUUAAAUAAAAACACUUGGACAGACUUUACAGAGAAAAAGACAAGUUUGUCUCAACAUCUGCUCACUUGAUUUCCAUCCUGAUCUUUGUCAAGUAUACUUGUUAUUUGAUUGAGUCUUUUUUUAUGUAUCAGAAGUUGUAGCUAUACCAGACAAGUAAGUGAACACAUUUUCAUCCACAUUAUUGUCUGACAUGUUGAAUUGAAUUUUGUCCUGCCCACUAUUGCAUAUGCCUCUUGGAGAUACCCCACCUUAAACUGUGAUUAAUUUACUUAUGUGCUUUGAAGGGAAGACCCUAUUCCAUGUUUGUGUUUGAUGUAAGGGACUGUCUGUGUCCAGGUAAAAAUCAAAUGUUUGUUUUCUCCAUCAGGCUCCACUGUACAUCUGGCUGAAUGUAGGCAGCUGAAUUAGCGUUGUUUGGGUGACUGGAGUAUCAGUUUGAUCGGUUUUUUUUUUUCAGUCGCCAAAGACAUACAGUUGGCUGCUAGUUUGCUCAUCAUUCAGGCAGAGCAGAUGAAUGGUUUGAGAAAUGAAGAAGAGCAUUCUAAACUAACUGAUUCAGUAAACAGGCAAGAAGAUUACAUAUACUUAAAACUAGCGUGUUACGUGUGUGUGAUUCAAAUCCUGGACCUGCCUCAGCAUUUGUACAAAAACACAUUGCAAGUCUUACUCAAGUCACUUUUGCCUUACAUGUAAUAUGUAUAUACAGAAGAAUAGCUUUUGGCUUUGUGCCAUGGUUCUAUCUUCACUGGUGCAUCUCAUCAUAAUGCUUCACUUUUUGAAAUUCAUUUUAGUUUGAUGUUCAUGUUCUUCAGUGCUUUCCAUAGCUUUAUAUAAAUUGUUUAUAUUGAUAUAUAUCAUAGUGAAUGAUGCAGAAUGUGAUGGACUGAAUUAUUGUACAGCAUAAAUAAUGUGAACAAGCCGGCUGUGAAUAGAAAAACUCUAAAAACGGAAAAAAUAUCCCCACUAUUAUAAUUGUAAUCAUAAACCUUCCCCAGGAUACAGGAUAAUAGUUGAACUACAUGUUUGCUUUUCAGAAAUCAAAACACAAGGUUAUUCUGAUAGAAAAAAUAAGAAAAUAAAUGAGGACGCCUGGUCACAGUGUUUUGUUUUUGUUAUGCAUAAUAUGUAUUCUAAUCAAAACCACAUACCCAAUAAAAACAUUAUAAGGG